GCUCCAUGAGUAGGAUAGAAAGUAGGCAUUGAAAAGAAAGAGGAGACAUUAGCCAGUGAGAGAGAAAAUAGGAAUAGGAGAGAAAGGGGCAAUAUCUACAGAAAGCAGUUAAGGCCACUGCACUGGGAAGAUAACUUGUCCACUUAAACUAAUAAAAACGAUAGUGAAGGAAAAGGUAUUCAAGUAUCUUCAGAAGAGUGGUAUUCAGUAGUCUAAAUUCCUAGGGCGCGCAAGCACCCUUUUCAGAUCAAAAAUAGAUAACUUAAGCACACUAAGUACAGAGGUGGAGGGCCAAGAAGUAAUUAUUCAAAGUAACGAGGACACUGAGAUCCUCAGCAUUUCUACAGCAUUAGAAGAAAUGGGGAGUGGAGCAAGUGCAGAAGACAAGGAGCUUGCAAAAAGAUCAAAGGAGCUAGAGAAGAAACUGCAGGAAGAUGCAGCAAUUGAUGCCAAGACCGUCAAACUUCUACUGCUGGGUGCUGGAGAAUCUGGGAAAAGCACAAUUGUCAAGCAGAUGAAGAUUAUUCACCAGGAUGGGUACACAGAGCAAGAGUGUAUUGAGUUCAGAUCUAUCAUAUAUGGAAAUAUACUGCAGUCUAUCCUGGCCAUUGUCCGUGCUAUGUCCACUCUGGGAAUUGAUUAUGGAGACUCUAGUAAAGCGGAUGAUGGGCGCAUUCUCUCCCACCUCGCAGACUCCAUUGAGGAAGGUACAAUGCCUCCAGAGCUUGUGGACGUGAUUAAAAAAUUGUGGAAAGAUGAUGGUGUACAAGCCUGCUUUGAAAGGGCUGCAGAAUACCAGCUCAAUGACUCUGCUUCCUACUACUUGAACGAACUGGACAGGAUCACAGCACCAAACUACAUUCCUAAUGAGCAGGAUGUGCUGCGCUCCAGAGUGAAAACCACAGGAAUCAUUGAAUCUCAAUUCUCCUUUAAAGAUCUUCACUUCAGGAUGUUUGAUGUUGGAGGCCAAAGGUCAGAACGUAAAAAAUGGAUUCACUGUUUUGAGGGUGUAACCUGCAUCAUAUUCUGUGGAGCACUUAGUGCUUAUGACAUGGUACUGGUGGAAGAUGAAGAAGUGAAUCGGAUGCAUGAAUCUCUUCACUUGUUCAACAGCAUCUGCAAUCACAAAUUCUUUGCUGCAACAUCAAUUGUCCUUUUCCUGAACAAAAAAGAUCUUUUUGAACAUAAAAUAAAGAAGGUUCAUCUUAGCAUCUGUUUUCCAGAUUAUGAUGGUCCAAACACAUUUGAUGAUGCAGGGAAUUACAUCAAACAGCAGUUCCUGGACUUGAACAUGCGAAAAGAAUCCAAGGAAAUUUACGGCCACAUGACCUGUGCCACAGAUACUCAGAAUGUUAAAUUUGUAUUUGAUGCAGUGACUGAUAUCAUCAUCAAGGAGACCCUGAAAGACUGCGGACUUUUCUGAAGCCUCUGGCAAAAAAUAAAAAGCCCAUAUCUUACUGCUCAGAGAAAAAAAAAAACACUUCCUUUUGACCCUGAAAAUGACUGACAACCCCGAACAAAAGCAGAUCACCCUACUCAAAUCAUUUCAGCUUAAUCAUAGAGGCAUAUAUAAGGACUUUAUCCUUGGGCAUUACAGAUGCAAAAGGCUGAUUGCUCUGCAACUGCACAUCCUACAUGACCUUCCACCAUAAAUAUGCUAAUAAACAUGUAAGCAAAUGACACGCAUAUAUACAUCAUGUUUCUCUGCAGGCUCAGUUUGCAGGCUUUGUUGAUGUGCAGUUGUUCCCUUAAGCACAGCUUGCCAGAAAAGCCCAGACUUUGUAUGAAACUUUGUCAACCCAUUAAACCUAGUUACAAGCCU